AGUUCACGAGUGGACGCGUUUGAGGACAGGCGCACGCGAGGUUGUUCUUUUUCCUCUCGCCAAAUUCGAAGGCCAACGCCAUAGCAGAACUGCCCCUUGCUUUCGGGCGAAACAACUACACUCAGACAGGCACACACACAGUAUGCCAGCGGAUACAGAGCAGCAGAAGAAGAACAACGGGAAGGCCCCCGUCGACGAGUCGGCGCUUCCAAAAUGGAAAUCCUACGGUCCCGACGGCCAGGUCUACAUUACCGAAGGGGCGGCCAAGAUCGAGUUUCCGUCAGACAACUCCGUUUUCUACAACCCGGUGCAGGAAUUCAAUAGGGAUAUGGUGGGUUGGAAGAGGAGAGCGCAGCGAAGAGCGGGUUUAGGAGUGCGAGAACCGCUGAGCGUUUGAGGUGGUCACACAGUCUACGGCAGCCAUCACGACUUGGAGCAAGUUGUUUUUUGUGGAGCAGGCGGCGGCGAGCGAGAAGAAGCCGA